AUGGGAGGCACCGGGCAAACAGCGCUGCCGCCGUUCUCCCGGACCCGGCAGAGCCCCGGCUCCCCGCAGCGGGGCCGGGAGCGUAUCCGGAUCCCCGGCGGGUUCCCGGGCCCGCCACGGCAGCAGCCGGAGAGGGAGACGCGGGUGCCCAGCGCGGCUCGGGGCUGGCGGAGCGGGGGAACCGGGCCGGGAGCGCUCCGGGGCUGCGGGACCGGCCCUGCCCAGGCGGGGGCGCCGCGUCCGCACCGGGACCCACAGCGCUCCCGCAGCCGGAACCGCCCUCCCGCGGCGAUGCCGAGCCCGCUACCGAUCCCGAUCCCGGUACUGAUCCCGGUACCGAUCCGGAUCCCGGGCCCGAUCCGCCCGACCCGGGAGAGGCAGCACCGCCCGGGACCCCAGGGCGGACACCGGCAGGACCCGAACCCCCCAUCCCAGCUCCGGUUGCGGGCUCCGUCACCCGCUUUCGACCCCGUCCCGAGCCGCAGCCCCGCCGCAGCGCGCAGGGCUCGGAGCGGAGCCCGCCGGGAGCAGCCCCCGGGCCGGGGCUCGCCCAACGCCGAGCGAGAGUCGCGGGCCAGCGGCGCGGGGGGCGGGGCCGCAUGA